ACAAGAAAGAGCGCACAAGAAGAAGCGCGUGUUGCACCACAUUUUUCUGCAACUUCGCCGUCCUUUCUCGAACCAGAGUGGGGAAAAAAAUUGCUGCCGUGUCACCUGUAGAAACCAGAAGAACCAAUAUCCGCCAGGGCACCACCCUCUACCAAGAUGCCACCGAAGAAGAAGGGCAACAAAAAGAACCAGGACUGGAGCGAUGACGACGCCCAGGAAGCAGCGCCGCCAGCCAAGACGGAAGUGAAAAAAGGAAAGAAGGGUAAAGCUGCAGUGGCGCCGGAUUCCGACGAGGAGUCGGUUCCUGCUCCGGCGAAGGGUAAGAAGGGAGGGCCACCUGCGGCGGCAGCAGCUGUUCCAGCUGCCAAGAAGAGCAACAAGGGUAAGAAGGGAAAGGGCAAGAACGAUGACGAUUGGAGCGAGGACGAGAAGGUUCCGGCGAAGGCGGUUCCGGUGGCCAGUGACAGCGAGGAUGAGGGCGUGAAGAAGCCGGUUUCGCAGAAGCAGCAGCAGAAGAAACAGGCGGCGAAGGGAAAGAAGGGCAAGAAGGAUGAUGAUUGGUCCGAUCGGGAGGAGAAGGAGAUUAAGCUGGAUGAGUCCGGAAGUGACGACGAAGACGAUGUUCCGAUGGUUAGCAAGGCCGCGGCCAAGAAGAAGGGAAAGGCGGGCAAGAAGGCCAAGAAGGUGAGCUCUUCGGAGGAGGAGGAAGAGGAGAGUGAUGAAGAGUUGAGCGAGGAGGAACCGGUUCCGGUUCCGGUGAAGGGUGGUAAGGGAGCGAAGAAGCCGCAGCAGCCGGUGAAGGCAAAGACGCCGGAGUCGAGUGAGAAAGAGGAAGAACCAGAACCGGAGCCGGUGAAGGUGCCGGAGCCAGUUCCAGUGAAAAAGGAAGAACCUAAGCCGGUUGAACCUGUUAAGAAAGAGCCGGAUGUUGUUAAGAAGGUGGAAGCUACUCCGGAGCCGGAAGUUGAAGCUGAAGAGCUGGCAGAUAAGGUUGAAGGGUUGGCCAUUGGAGAUGAAAAGGAAAAGAAGUUGACGCACAAGGAGAAGAAGAAGCUGAAGAAGCAGGAAGAGUUCCAGAAGCAGGUGGAGGCGAUGACUAAGAAGGGUGGCCAAGGUCACUCUGAUUUGGACAGCAAUUUCACAAUGUCACAGGCGCUCAAGAGUGGCAACCAGAGCAAGCACAUGGAGCACGCGGUGGACAUUAAAAUCGAAAACUUCACAAUUUCUGCCAAGGGAAAUGAUUUGUUUGUGAACGCCAACCUGUUGAUUGCCCAGGGCCGGCGUUACGGUCUGGUCGGUCCUAAUGGCCACGGCAAGACCACGCUGCUGCGUCACAUUGCCAACCGGGUGUUUGCCAUUCCACCCAACAUUGAUGUGCUGCUUUGCGAGCAGGAAGUCGUUGCGGACGAGAAUUCCGCCGUGGACACGGUCCUGAAGGCCGAUGUCAAGCGGACGGCCCUGCUGGCAGAGUGUAAAAAGCUCGAGGAUGAAAUCGAAGGUGGAAACAUUAGUCUCCAGGACAAACUCCAAGAAGUCUACAACGAGUUGAAGGCCAUCGGAGCGGAUUCGGCGGAACCACGUGCGCGUCGUAUUCUGGCCGGUUUGGGCUUCUCCCGAUCCAUGCAGAACCGUGCCACCAACAGCUUCUCCGGAGGUUGGCGAAUGCGCGUUUCCCUGGCCAGAGCCCUCUUCCUGGAACCGACGCUCCUAAUGCUCGAUGAACCGACGAACCAUCUCGAUCUGAACGCCGUCAUUUGGUUGGACAAUUAUCUGCAAACCUGGAAGAAGACGCUCCUCAUCGUUUCCCACGACCAGAGCUUCUUGGACAACGUCUGCAACGAGGUCAUCCACCUGGACAAAAAGCUCUACUACUACAAAGGCAACUACUCCAUGUUCAAGAAGAUGCACGUCCAAAAGCGUCGCGAAAUGAUCAAGGAGUACGAGAAGCAGGAAAAACGGAUCAAGGACCUGAAGGCGCACGGCCAAUCGAAGAAGGCCGCCGAGAAGAAGCAAAAGGACAACCUCACCCGGAAGCAGGAAAAGGGCAAGGGCAAGGCACAGAAGGCCAACGACGACGACGAAGGGCCGGUUGAGCUGCUGGCCAAGCCGAAGGAUUACAUCGUCAAGUUUAGCUUCCCGGAUCCGCCGCCGCUGCAGCCGCCGGUUCUCGGACUUUACAACGUCAACUUCAACUUCCCGAAUCAGAAGCCGCUGUUCAUCAACGCCGACUUUGGCAUCGACAUGGCCAGCCGCGUGGCCAUCGUCGGACCGAACGGCGUCGGCAAAUCCACCUUCCUGAAGCUGCUCGUGAGCGAUCUGGAACCGUGUACGGGCGAGGUCAAGCGCAACCACCGGCUCCGGAUUGGUCGGUUCGAUCAGCACUCGGGUGAGCACCUGACGGCGGAGGAAAGUCCCGCCGAGUAUCUGCAGCGGUUGUUCAACCUGCCGUACGAAAAGUCCCGGAAGGCGCUUGGAACAUUUGGGUUGGCCAGUCACGCGCACACCAUCAAGAUGAAGGAUCUUUCGGGAGGUCAGAAGGCCCGGGUUGCGCUUGCCGAGUUGUGUUUGAACGCGCCGGAUGUGCUGAUUCUCGAUGAACCGACGAACAAUCUGGACAUUGAGUCGAUCGAUGCCCUGGCGGAAGCCAUCAACGAGUACAAGGGCGGUGUGGUGAUCGUGUCUCACGACGAGCGUCUUAUCCGAGAGACCGAGUGCGCGCUGUACGUCAUCGAGGACCAGACCAUUAACGAGGUGGACGGAGACUUUGACGACUACCGGAAGGAGGUGCUGGAUAGCCUCGGGGAGGUCAUCAACAAUCCGAGCAUAUCGGCCAACGCCGCCGUGCUGCAGUGAAAACGCCUUGUUCGUUAUUAUUACGCAUCUAUUGUUCUUCGUUUAAAAUAAUAAAAAACUAUUUUGUAUCUAGGCUUAUCCAA